CGCGCUCGGCGUGUCGGAGCGCUGGCGCUGCCCGGACGCCGCGGGGUCCCCGCUAGCGCAGGGCACUCGGAGCGGGGAACUGCGCGCCUCGCUUUCCCCGCCCGAUGUCGCCACCCGGCUGCUGAUCGACUCGCCCAGCUGAUCCCGCGCUGCUGUGGGGUCGUGGAGGUCCAGGUAGAGGCAGGAAGGCUCCUUCGCAAAGAGGGAAUGGAGGUAAAUUGUUUAACACUAAAAGACCUGAUCAACCCCAGACUAGAUUUUGCAAUUGAAGAUGGGGAAAAUGCACAAAAGGAAAAUAUAUUUGUCGAUCGCUCAAGGAUGGCCCCAAAGACGCCAAUAAAAAAUGAACCAAUUGACUUAUCGAAACAAAAAAUCUUCACUCCAGAAAGAAAUCCCAUCACUCCAGUUAAGCUUGUCGACAGACAGCAGGCAGAGCCAUGGACACCCACCGCUAACCUGAAGAUUCUCAUUAGUGCUGCCAGCCCAGACAUAAGAGACCGAGAGAAGAAAAAAGGACUGUUCAGGCCCAUUGAGAACAAGGAUGAUGUGUUUACAGACUGUCUGCAGCUUGAUGUUGUUGGGGACAGUGCUGUGGACGAAUUUGAAAAGCAAAGGCCAAGCAGAAAACAGAAAAGUUUAGGACUCCUGUGCCAGAAGUUUCUAGCUCGCUAUCCAAGUUACCCACUGUCAACUGAGAAAACUACCAUCUCCCUAGAUGAAGUUGCUGUCAGUCUCGGCGUUGAAAGGAGACGCAUCUACGACAUUGUGAAUGUGCUGGAGUCGCUGCAUCUGGUCAGCCGGGUGGCCAAGAAUCAGUACGGCUGGCACGGACGGCACAGCCUGCCGAAAACCCUGAGGAACCUCCAGAGGCUAGGAGAGGAGCAGAAAUACGAAGAGCAGAUGGCAUACCUCCAACAGAAAGAGCUCGACCUGAUGGAUUAUAAGUUUGGGGAACGCAAAAGAGAUGGCUGUCCAGAUUCCCAGGAUCCACAGUUACUGGAUUUCUCUGAACCGGACUAUCCCUCUUCAUCUGCAAACAGUAGAAAAGAUAAGUCUCUGAGAAUUAUGAGCCAGAAAUUUGUCAUGCUGUUCCUGGUCUCCAAAACCAAGAUUGUUACUCUUGAUGUGGCUGCCAAAAUACUGAUAGAAGAAAGCCAAGAUACGCCGGAUCAUAGUAAAUUUAAAACAAAGGUACGACGCCUCUAUGACAUAGCCAACGUUCUGACCAGCUUGGCACUGAUAAAGAAAGUGCAUGUAACAGAAGAGCGAGGCCGGAAACCUGCCUUCAAGUGGAUUGGGCCUGUGGAUUUCAGUUCCACUGAUGAAGAACUAGUGGAUGUUUCUGCAUCUGUCCUACCGGAAUUGAAAAGAGAAUCAUAUGGCCGCAUUCAAUUCUGUGCAAAACAGAAGCUUGCUCGACAUGGCUCUUUUAACUCAGAUCAGGCUUCUGAGAGGAUCCAGAGGAAAGUGAACUCAGAACCCAGCAGCCCUUACAGAGAAAAACAAGGAUCAGGUGGCUACUCCUUAGAAAUUGGAAGUCUGGCAGCUGUCUACAGACAGAAAAUAGAAGACAAUUCACAGGCAGAAGCGUUUGCCAAUCAGAGAGCGCUACCUCCAUCAAGCAGCCUGGAGGCCGCUGCUCCUUUCCCCGGCCUCUCUGUUGACUCAGAAUACUGUGUUAAUGCCUUGGCCCACCCAGUACUUUCCGUGACUUCAAAGGACUUGCAGGCCUUCUCUGCCCAGAAUGGUCUGGACGGACAAGGAGGUGUCUCCCUCACCUCUGCCGCCUUGGACACGGAGAGCCUGAAGCCAACGCUGCUGACCGGCCAGCCCCUGGUGUACGUGCCCUCCACCUCGCUGUUCAUGUUGUGUGGGAGCCUGCAAGAGCCGCCGUCGCCAGGCUCGGGGUCAGGGUCAGAGAGGGACAGCAGGGGCUCGGAAGGCACAGCAGAGCGGUCAGCCACGCCCUCAGUUCAGAAGCGCCUAGGGGAGGAGAGGAAGCCCCAGGAGGAGGACGAGCCGGCCACGAAGAGACAAAGCAGGGACUACGAAGACGGCCCCCUCUCCCUCGUCAUGCCCAAGAAACCCAUAGAUUCCACAGACAUUGCCUCUUCCAAGACCGUGGAUAAAAGGGGACCAGCACCCCAUGAAGACAUUCACAUGAAUGGACAACUUUCUGCUGCAAAGGAGGUUUCAGGAAAGGCUACAGCAGACUGCUUCAUUUCUUCUGAAUGGGGACAUCCUUCUAGAAAUACAGAGAUAGAAAAGCCUUCGAAAGAAAAUGAAAGCACCAAAGAGCCCUCUUUGCUGCAGUAUCUUUAUGUGCAGUCGCCAGCAGGAUUAAAUGGUUUCAGUGUGCUCUUAUCUGGCAAUCAGCACCCCCGUGCUGUGGGACCGUCUUCAGGUCAGCUGCCUCCGCUCAGUGUUCCAUGGAUGGUCUUGCCAUCGCCGACGCUGGGCCCUUUUCCUGUUCUCUAUUCACCCACGAUGCCCGGGCCGGUGUCCUCUGCACCCAGUGCUCUCCCAAGCACGGGACCUGUGAAUCUUGGCUUGCCUGGCCUUGGAUCAACAGCUCAUCUUCUCAUCGGCCCUGCUGCCCUGGUUAAUCCAAAAUCAUCAACACUCCCCUCCGCAGAUGCUCAGCUUCAGGGUCCACACUCACUUAACCUGAGUCCGGUGAUGUCAAGAUCACACAGCAUCAUCCAGCCCGAGUCCCCCGUUUACGGAGGACAUCCAGCCUCUGUGGUAAAAUUACAACAGUCACCAGUUCCAGUGACCCCCAAGAGCAUCCGACGCACACAUCGAGAGACGUUUUUCAAGACGCCUGGCAGCCUCGGGGACCCUGUCCUUAGGAGAAGAGAAAGGAAUCAGUCACGAAACACCAGCUCAGCACAGAGGAGGCUCGAAAUCCCCAGCAGCGGGGCUGAUUAACCUGACGCUUUGCCCAGCAGGGGUGGGAUGGAGGUGCCUGAAUUUCCCUGUGUUACAGAUCAUGUCCUAAUGGUGAACGGAAACUAGAAUGCAAACCAUCCGGUCUUCAGCAUGCAUCCUUCCUCUCUCCUGCAUCCCCUGGUUCUAAUGUUAACUAUCCAUCUUCAGGAAGCAUCUAUUUUCCUGAAAGUAAUUGUUCCUAAUUGUGCAUUUCUUACCAGUUAGAGUCCAGACUCUGUGCGUGGUGUCACAGUAGAAGCACCAACUGACCGUUGUGGUUUUCAUUCAAGAAUCAUCUUGUUGCUGGAAGGAGAUCUGAACAGCCUCCUGGAGCCUUGUGGUUUUUCUAAAGUGGGGAGGUGCCCGCCUAGCACUUAACUGGGUUGAGCGUUCUUGACGUGUAUUCCCACUCACCCCGAGUAGAUCUGUGGUGAGAGAAACUUCCUUUCUGCAGUUUGAAAAAGCUACUGCUUCCUUCGGCUUCAUCAGGAAGCCAACUUCAGUUUGAAUCCUAUGGUAUUAUUUAUUUUUCCUGAAGUGGGAUUUAGUGCAAAAAGUUUACAACGACAGCAAAACACAUGUUUUUCAGGGUAUGACGACUUGAAUGUUUGUACUUUUUUCCUAUAAUUUGCCCUGCACUUACUUUACAACCUAGUAAAAAUGUGGAUAAGUGUAUAUACAUGACGGAAUGUCAAGACCAAAAUAACUGUGAAGACACACCUUGCUAUAAUGAACUGUGCUAACCUGAGCUGGGCCUGAGAAUUAAGAUGAACUCUAGCAGCCAGAUAGCUGCUUCUCAAUAACUGUGUGAACAGUGAGGUUUUACUGUUCAUUUGUAAAAAAAAAAAAAAAAAA